CAGAAUAUCUACACAAUCUCUUUUGACCAUUAGUUCUAGUGGCCCUCUGUCUGGGAGCGCCCACAGUGUGCCAGCACGACCACUGACCAUGGAGCCCUCCAACUACUCUACAGUGAUGCCCAACGCCACUGACCUGUUUAACAAAUUUGUCCACCUGGAUAGAGAACUGUCAGAUACAUUUUAUACUCUGUGGAUAGUAUUGGUGGUGGUCAACGCCAUCAUUUUCUUGGUGGGUGUGGUGUUGAACUCUUUGGCCCUCUACGUCUUCUGCUUCCGCACCAAGACAAAAACCACCUCGGUAAUCUACACUAUCAAUCUGAUCAUCACCGAUUUGCUAGUGGGCUUCUCCUUGCCUAUCCGGAUCAUCAUGCACUACAGUGCCAGGGACUGUAAGACCUGUGCCCUCAUCCACAUCUUCACCUACUUCGUCAACAUGUACUGCAGCAUCCUGUUCCUUACAUGUAUCUGCAUAGACCGCUACUUGGCUAUUGUCCAGGUGGAAGCCUCUCGGAAGUGGAGGAACCCCAACUACGCCAAGGGCAUCUGUGUUUUCAUCUGGGUCUUUGCCACGGUGGUCACCUUCUCCAUCCUCACCAUGGCCAUGAAGUUCUCCGACUGCUGCAUCGCCCAAAUCUUGCCCCUGAUGGUCUGCGAGUACGUCUUCCCCCUCAUCAUCAUCACGUUCUUCACCACCAGGAUCAUGUGCGCCCUCUCCAAGCCGACUCUCAUGCACCAGAGCCGCGAGAGGCGGAUGAGGGCCGUACAGCUCCUCAUCACCGUCCUCAUCAUCUUCAUGAUUUGCUUCACCCCGUUCCACGUGCGCCAGCUGGCCAUUUCCAUCAACCCCGGCAUGUCCAACAACAUCAGCUUGGUUGUUUACCAUGUGACUGUCACCUUAAGCAGCCUCAACAGUUGCAUGGACCCAAUCGUCUACUGCUUUGUGACCAACAACUUCCAGUCAACCAUGAAAAACAUAUUCAGGAAGUCUGAACCUGAGCAAACCAGCGGUGACAUCAUCAGUGUCAACAAGGGAUCUGGUUCAAAUGCAAUCAUAGCUUUUACCAAUGCUAUAGGUACUCCGUUGGGCCUGCCUUCACCUAACAGUACAGUGAGCUCCUAAAGGCAGUAAGACUCCCAACAGAAGUUGUUGUAAACGUUG